AAAGAUGGCGACGACACUUCCUGUUCACGGCUUUCGCCCUCAACAAAGAUGGUGCUUAUGGUACAGGUUCCCUAACAGUCUGGAUUCCAGUUGCAAUUUUUAUUUAUUUUUUUUUAAGAUACGUGUUUGCAGACGGGGAAAUGGAGGCUAGAGACAAGCAAGUGCUUCGCUCCCUUCGCCUGGAGCUGGGUGCAGAAGUACUGGUGGAGGGACUGGUCCUUCAGUAUCUUUACCAGGAAGGGGUCUUGACGGAAAACCAUGUUCAAGAAAUCAAAGCUCAAGCCACAGGCCUCCGGAAAACAAUGCUGCUGCUGGAUAUCCUACCUUCUAGAGGUCCUAAAGCAUUUGAUGCAUUCCUAGAUUCUCUGCAGGAAUUUCCCUGGGUAAGGGAGAAGCUGGAGAAGGCAAGAGAAGAAGCCAUAACUGAGCUGCCUUCAGAUGACCGGAUGACUGGAAUCCCCCCGCAUAUCCUCAACAGCUCCCCAUCAGACCGGCAGAUUAACCAGCUGGCCCAGAGGCUGGGCCCAGAGUGGGAGCCCGUGGUGCUGUCUCUGGGACUGUCCCAGACAGAUAUCUACCGCUGUAAGGCCAACCACCCCCACAACGUGCAGUCGCAGAUGGUGGAGGCCUUCAUCCGCUGGAGACAACGCUAUGGGAAGGAGGCCACAUUCCAGAGGUUACACAGGGGCCUCCAGGCCAUGGAGGUGGACCCCUCAGUGCUCCAGCAUAUGAUGGAAUGAUGAUGCCUCCAUCAACCCACUGGGGAGUGCAUCCUUAAGUCAUAUGUGCCCAGGGCAGGUAGUUCUUCGGUGAGAGAGAGAGAGAGAGAGAGAGAGUGAGUGAGUGAGUGUGUGUGUGUGUGUGUGUGUGUGUGUGUGUGUGUGUGAAUAUUUUCUUUUUAAUGAUCCUCAGAUGAAAGGAGAAAAUAGAAUUUCCAGUCAACAUUACCUGAAAGGCCUGAUUACUCAGAUCUUCCACAUUGGCCUGACACUUCAUUGUUUUCAAUUGCUAGAAGAUUGCAUUGUUUUGAUUGCUCAGGUUUUAAUUGUGUGGUUGUGUUUUUAAUAGGUUGGUAAAUCAUACUGACUCAAAAAAAAUUCUGUAUUAUCACAUUACAUGCAGGUGUCCAAUACAUAAAACAUCCACUUUUAUGUUUCCCGGGAACUGAACUAUGGACUUUGCUAUUAAUAAUGAUGAUGAUAAUAAAAAUGAAUUACUAUAUAUAA